UACGGAAAGUCGAACGUUUUUGCGGUAUGAGAAAUUUGCAUAGUCAUGGUAAAUUCUAUUCAGAAAUUUAAAAGCUUAUUGCUGCAUAAACGCAAUGGUCUAUAUAAAAAAAGUGGUAAACUAUGAUGUAACGAUAAAUUAUCUCAUAUUUUCCACUGCCGCACGACGAAUAUGUGCAUACAUAUUAUAAUAUUUAUGUAUGCAAACAAAGAUAGUUUGUCCGAUUUGUGAUAACAGCGGAGAUAACCCUGAACACUGCAAAGACGUGUUUAUGAAGUGAUACUGGGAAAAAGUUCAAUGUCGCUGCAGUUUCAUCGACGAGAUGGCGUUAUUAUUGUAGCUGGAUUAUGAAAAAAUUUUACGUCUGAAUUUUUAAAUAAAAAUGCAUUCAUGCCAAAAUUUCGUUAAUAAUGGAAUUGAAAAUAUUGCUCAUCAAAAAUUUCCACUGCUAAAGUGAUAACUGAGCUGAAUUAUUUCCGCUCGCUCUCUUGCGUAAUGAUAUCAAGUAAUAAAUAAACUUGAAUGAGCCAGAUAAUUAUGAUAUUAAAAAUAAAAGAUGUUGCGUAGUGGGCAAGAAUAUACUUUUAAGUCAUUUUUCGUCUAAACGAUAAUAAAUAAUCUCAACUAAGCAGCUCGUGUAAACAAUAAUAAAAUAUUUUCAAAUGCACUGUAUCAAGAGCAUCGCUCGAACGAUCCCUCGGAUCUCCCACCAAACCCUCGCUCUCAUCUCGGAUCUAUAAAACCAGCGAUUCUUCGGAAACUGUCCUACUCGAGUCACCACUUAGAGGCUUGAAUCUUCACUUUCUCGUCCGGUCGGCCAGUCGCAAGGUCGGAGAUAAACUUUUGAAAAAAAAAACAAAGAAAAAAAUGGCAACCGCUAGAUUCAGGAACGACUCGCCUUAUCUCAAGCCAAAACCUGAGCCUACGCCCGAGGAUUACCUCUACAAGAAAUAUGUGGCCGACUAUCAAUUAAUAACUGACAAGAAGAAGGAACCGGUCAUCGGAGUUGCGAUUUUCGGUCUGGGUCGUGCCGGUACCAUCCACAUGUCCCACCUAGUCAGUAACCCACGUGUCAAGCUUCUCUAUGUUGUGGACGACAUGGAAUCGAAGUGGAACGAUCUCAAGAGCUACUGGCGCCUCGACGACAUCCCCGUGAUUUCUAGCAAACAAGCCGACCAAGUCUACAAAGACCCCAAAGUCAAUGCCGUGGUCGUCUGUUCGCCGACCUACACCCACGAGGAGAUCGUGACCAAAGCCCUGGACCACAAGAAGGCGGUGUUCUGCGAGAAGCCGAUCGCCGAGGACCCAAAGGGCACCGCCAAGUGCUACGAAUGCGCGGUGAAGAACGGCAAGCCCUUGUUCUGCGCGUUCAACCGUCGGUUCGACCCGAGCUACGAGAACGUCAGGCAGCGAGUCCGCAACGGAGAGAUCGGCCAUGCCCACACCAUCAGGCUAACUGCCAGAGACUCGCCCCUGCCGACGAUCGAGUACCUCAAGGUCUCCGGUGGUAUCUUCCACGACUGCAUGGUCCACGACAUCGACCUGAUGACUUACGUGCUCGGGGAGUAUCCCACUAAGGUCGCGGUGCACGCGAGCGCCCACAUCCCGGAGAUCAAGGCGAUCAAGGACUUCGACACGGUGGCUGGGAUCUUCCACUUCCCCUCGGGCACCGUCGGCAUGGUCGACCUUUCCCGCAACUCCGUCUACGGCUACGACCAGCGUAUGGAGGUCUUCGGACCGCGAGGCGUCGUCGACGCAACCAACGAACAGCCCAUGCACUGCGUCACCACCCAGUACGGCCAGAACGGCCAGCGCAGGCCACCGAUCUGGUACUCGUUCGCCAGCAGAUUCAAACUAGCCUAUUACAAGGAGAUGGAGCACUUCCUCGACGUUGUGCUCGGCAAGGCCCAGCCUGCUGUCCAGGCCAAGGAGAUUCUCGCGGUGAGCAAGAUCGCUUCGGCUUGCGAGGAAUCCGCGAGGUCCGGUAAGACUGUUGACAUCAAGUGGGCCGACGGAGAGCUGCCUACUAAUGUUUAAAUGAACGAGGGCGAGUGGAAGUUGUUAAUAAAUUAAUCCUUUUUUAUGAUAAAAAUAAAUGCUGUUUUAUUUAUUGCAUGCCUCGGUUUACACGAGGAAGGUAAAUAUGCUAUUUGAAUUACAUUUGUUUACUAAUAACACGGAAAUCGGACAAAAAUACUUUUACAUUGUGUCGUGAAAUGUAUAGAGAAUGAAAAACCGAAAAAUUAAACCGAUUAAUGCUAACGAAAUUAUAAGUAAAUAAGUUUACUUAUGAAAAAUGAAA